UUUCUAAAUGCAAUUUCGAUUGCUUAUUCAGGUGUUGCUAGAUAUAUGGAGUUCAUUCCUAAUGCAAGGGUUCCAAUAAUUCAGUACAUGAGCAACCAAUAUGACAUUUCCUGUGAUAUAUCAAUUAACAACUACCCUGGUCGGAUGAAAUCCAGAAUCUUCUACUGGAUCAACACCAUAGAUGAGCGCUUUGGUGAUAUGGUUUUAUUGGUCAAGGAAUGGGCAAAAACUCAAAAUAUUAACGACCCAAAAAAUGAAACCCUGAACUCAUAUUCUCUGUGCCUACUUGUCAUUUUUUAUUUUCAGAGAUGUGAGCCUGCAAUUUUGCCACCUCUGAAGGAGAUUUAUGAUGGGGAUGUUGCAAAAGAAACGGUGUUUUAUGAUGAGAAAUAUGUUGAUGAGGUUUGUGCGGCAAAUAUAGCAAGGUUUCUACACCAGAACAUGGGACAAAGAAAUCAGACCUGUCUUUCACUUCUGUUUACAUCUUUUUUCCAUCAGUUUUUAGGCAUCAGUGGCCUUUCAAGUAAGGUUAUAUCCACUUAUACGGGCCGGUUUGAGCGAAUCCAGGACAACCCAAGGUGGAUGGCCAAAUCAUACAGCUUGUUUGUUGAAGAUCCGUUUGAGAGACCUGAUAAUGCCGCUAGAGCAGUUGAUGCGGAGGAGAUGGAACGUAUUGAGCGCGCUUUCAAUCAUAUGAGCAGUAGGUUUGUUGGUGGUGCACUCAAUGACCGGGACGAAUUGGUCUCACUGCUGUGUACACCUGCUGUUGGAUCUAGUCUUGGGAGAGUCAGGGCCAACCGCUGCACAAAUACUCUGCCAAGUUGUCAGCUGUAUUCACCUGCACCAGCCAACCAAUAUGACAAUCAACAUCACCAGCAAGCCAGAGGUUCUACGGGAAGCAGAUCAGGCUCACAGUCACAGGGGUAUGCUACAGGACACCAGACGGCAUGGCCUGACCAGUAUCAUAAACAAUCGCAAGCCUAUAAUGCAGAGGGCAUGACAGCAGGACAAUUUCAGAAUGUCCAUCGUCCAGAGGCUUAUACUGCAGGGCUUCAAACAGCAGUACCGCUCCAGUACAAUGAUUAUGCACGGUCACAUGCAUCAGGGAGCCGAACAGUAGGCCGAUACCGGAACCAGCAGCAGAGAAGGGAGUACUCGCCAUACCAGUAUGCUGGCACUACAAGGCACGAGCCUGCAGGUGGACACUGGUUCCACGAUGCACCAGCACAGGAAUCUGGGUAUCAAGCCUCCUCGAGCAAUACAGCUUGGCAAUGGUAGCAGCCAUUCUGUCAAGGCGCCAGCUGCAUGAACUGACCAAUAGAGCGUCUCAGGAUAGCAGCAGUUCAUCUUCAGCUUUUGCGUGAUGAUAUGCAUGUAUUUAUGGUAUUAGCAUAGCUUUUGCCUGACUAUGCAUCAACUUAUGGGUGCUUAGCUCAUACCGUAAUGAUGCUGAUAUGUUAAUUUUGAACCUAUCCCUUAUCGCAGUAAAGCCUGGAACUUGAUAUCUUCAGUCAGUGUAAUAUACGCUGUAGACAAGUUGCAGUUUCAUUACUCGACUAUGUUUUUA